CAACAGAGGCAAAAAAGUUAAAAUCGAAACUAACUCUAUCACUGUUUUCGUUCUGCUGGUUUAUCCAUUUCUGCAGGCUGAAGCAAACUCUUUGUAUACAUACAUUUUAGGGUUUAACCAUUGGGGACUGAGUGGGGUUUCUUUUACAGAGCUGACUUGCAUUUAACCAAAAAUGGAGACCUCACUUCGUUAUGGUGUUGAUUCCAAGAGUCUAGUGAUUCAUGCCAAGGAGAAAUUCCCCCUCAACUCUGUUACCCACUUGCAGAGUCAUGCAGAACUAGACACCAGAAUUGGAGCUCCAACUUAUCUGUGUGCAAUGAUCAGGCGAUACUUUCCUGAGCAAUAUGCCAGCCUUGCUGUUGGAGUGCAGUAUUAUAGGCGUCAAAAGCUCUGGUAUAAUGUUCGUGGUAAAAAGGCAUUUCCAGUGACAACAGAUGAGUCAGUAAACUUUCAUAUCAAGGGCAAGUAUGAUGUGGACGAAAACAUUGUUGAGAAAAAACCAAGAGGUGCUGCUGAACUUACUUGGAACAUCAUGAAUGUGACUAAAGACCAAGAUAUGAGGCUCAAAGUUGGAUAUGAAGUCAUUGAAAAGGUCCCUUACUUUCAGAUCAGGGAAAACAACUGGACUCUCAAUGUCGACAGUAAUGGGAAAUGGCAAGUAAGAUAUGCUUUAUGAUACUACUGAUGGAUGUGUAGCUUGUUCCAGUGAGAGUGAGUUAUUGCAAGAUAGAAGAAAACCAUCACAAUCUGUCAUCUGCAUUUCUGUUACAUAUUUGGCAUUCUAUCAUUAUUGCAAAAAGGCCUUACCUUCUAUGAUAUCUGCUUUUUGAGUAUUGUCUCCGGAGAUAGUAACCCAUUGCAAUACAAAACUCAAGCUCAUGAAAAUUACCUUUCUAUUGUGUAAGAAAUUUUGAUCUCCAUGUAUGCUUGUCCGCAUUGCCUCAUUUAAUCUGAAGUUAAAGCUAAUAUUAUGAUUCA